GCCUUGGCCUUGGCCGCACCACCACCUCCACCUCCACCUCCACCUCGCUAAGCUAACCCGCUGCUUUCCAGUUUUCCAUCCAUCGCCCGUUGUUCUUGUUCGGCCUAAUCCGAAUCCCAUCCUCUCUUUAGUACUUUUGUCUCUGUGCCGACGACGGUGGAAAAGGAAAGUGAGUGAUCCCGGCCAGUCUCCGGCGGCGGCGAGAAAUAGCUAAAUCCUAGCUCCUCCGGCGAGCGAGACCAUGGCGUCCAUCAUCAUCAUCGCCGUCGUGCUCGUCCUGGACGUCCUCGCCUUCGUGCUCGCCAUCGGCGCCGAGCGCCGCCGGAGCUACGCCUACGUGAGCGUGGACUCGAACGCGCGGGGCUACUGCGUGUACAGCUCCGACGCGUCGACGGCGUACGGCGUCAGCGCGCUGCUCCUGCUGCUGGCCGCGCAGGCCGUGGCCAUGGUCGCCACCCGCUGCUUCUGCUGCGGACGCGCGCUCUCGCCGGGACGCCGCCGGGCAUGGUCCGGCAUCUGCUUCAUCGUCUGCUGGGUGACGUUCGUGAUCGCGGAGCUGUGCCUGCUGGCGGGGUCGGUCCGGAACGCCUACCACACCAAGUACACGACGCUGUUCAGCAAGGGUCCGCCCCAGUGCGCCAUGCUGCGCAAGGGCGUCUUCGCCGCCGGCGCCGCCUUCACCUUCCUCACCGCACUCUUCACCGAGCUGCACUACCUCUUCUACGCCAGGGCGCGCGACGCCGCCGACGUGCCCCCGCCCAUCGUUGGCGGCAUCGGCAUGACCCGCAUGUGAUUUAUUUUUGUGGCUGUGGUCGUGAUCGCGGCGACCGGCGGUGCAGGCAGCCGUGCCCGUUCCGCUGUGGAGCCGUGCUUGACUGCUCCCGUGUACAUGUGCUCCAUCGUUCCUUGCAUUCCAUGGGGACCUUGACUGAACUGAAAGCGUGUGAUAGUACUGUGACGUGCUGCGUGCUCUGUAACUCUGUGAUAGUACAUUAGUCAUCAGCAUUCAGCAGAGAGUGGAUUAGUUUUUCUGUGUUGUACAGUACAUUCACAAGGAAGGAAUCAUCAGAGAUUAUUGUCUCGGUCUGAA